AUGGCGGCGAACAGUAACAAUCAAGAAGCAUUGGGAACAAACACAGUAUCAUUCACAGCGGACGAUGGAAAAAAUGUUCUUUUACAACUGGAUGAUAAGACUCUCGAGAACCUUCAGAAUAAUGAUCCCAAUACAAUUGAGUUCGUAUUAAAUUUAGUAGCAGAACAGGAACAAGAAGAAUCCGAGGAAAACGAAAUUGAGGAUCCAAAACCUAGUGGAGAGGCUAUCACUCCAACUAAUUCCUGGACCAAAGAGAGAUCAAAAGUUCUUCUACAUGAAUAUAGAGAGAGAUAUUUGCAAUUCAAUAGCCCAACACAGAAGAAGAAAACUUUAUGGAGGGAGAUUUGCCAAGUGAUCAAUACAGAAACAAAAUCCACAUUCACCAGCCAGCAAGUCGAAGGAAGAUUCAAAACAAUGCUUUCGUCGUACAGAAAGUACAAGGAUGCAAAGAAAAGAACAGGCACUGAGCGAAAGGAAUACGAAUUUGCCUCCGAAAUGGAUGAUAUCUUUGGAAAUUCGCACUCUACAACCCCAGCUUUUGUUGUUGAAAGUAGUUCAACAAGUACCUCUACAGCUACAACCCACAGGAGCAGAGCUAAAGAACCAAGUCCUAGUACAAGUAGUAGCAGUGAAAGUGUGACCAAUACUGAAUCAGAAUCAAGUAAAGACAAUGAAAAACAAAUUAAUGAAGGGAAGGCAGGGAGAAGAAAAAGGAAACAUCAUCCCACAACAGGUGCAUCUCAGUUGAUAGAUUUCUUAAAAUGCUAUACAGAGAAACGGGAAGAAGAGGACAGAAAGAAAGAGGAAGAGGAGAAACGACGAACAGAAACCAUGCAUAAAGAGCACAUGAAAAUGCUCUCAGGGCUAACCAAUAUUAUCGGCAAACUUGCAGAUGUAGCUGCAGCUGCAAAGAAAUAGAAAUACAUAUCUGUAAUAAGAGGGACAUUUUAAGUUGACAAUGUCAAUUAUUUUACUUUUCAAAUUUCAAAGUUUUUGUUUACACAAUGGUGCAAAUAUCAAGGUUUUGAUAUUACGUUAUAAUCAGUUUGAACUGUAUUGAGUACAUAUUUCAAAGCAAAAAAUGUAGGCAUUGUACUUAUCAGUUUGUCUGACCUUUGUUAUUAUUUAUGCAACAAGGAAUGUGUUACAUACUUUUUAUUUUUACAUUGUUUUGUUACUAUUUUGUUACUUUUUCAAAGAAAAUAUAAAUUGUUUUAAAACAAUCUUUGUUAUGCCAAUUAUUCUUUGUGACCUUGACCUCUGACUUAAAAAAAAUCUUAAAGUUGGCCUUUUUUCUCCCAGGCUUUGCAUGUGAAUUCUGAAAGACCAAG